AUGCGGCUGCCCCCCGGGCGGGAAAAUGGGGGCGACGACCGGGUACACACCGGCAGAAAAGUCGACACCCAGACUCCGGCCGAAACGGAAUCGCGCAGAAAAUAUGAACAACAGCUGAAAGGCGGAGAACCUGGAGCGGUCGCGUGCGGGGGUCCGUCAGCUGUCCACUACAGCACGUCACCGACACGACACGCCGCCCGAGAGGCCCCCCGUGCAAAACACCACCAGCUCGGUGCGAGCCGAGCGCGCGCGGACCCCCGCGAAAAACAGCAGCCGUCUCAGCUGCUGCGCAGGCUGAACCGGACGCAAACAGAAAUACAGGUCGCUAUCGCUAGUGCCGGAUACGCGACGCGCCAGAGAAGUGGCAUCUUCCUGCUGCUGUUCAUCCUGCUGUACGUGUCGGCGUUCGCGGUCAUCGCGCGCUUCCGGCGGCGCAGCUCGGAGGACUACUACGCCAUCGACGAGGAGGAGGCGACCGUCUUCAAGAUCAGCCUGUGGCUGUGCACGUUCUCGCUGGCAGUCUCGCUGGGUGCGGCGCUGCUUCUGCCUAUCUCCAUCCUGAGCAACGAGAUCCUCGCGCUGUACCCCAGCAGCUACUACGUACAGUGGCUCAACCACUCACUCGUCCAAGGGAUGUGGUGUAACAUCUUCCUGUUUUCCAACCUCUCACUGUUUGCGUUCCUGCCGUUUGCCUAUCUCUUCACCGAGUCUGAAGGAUUUCCUGGCUGCCGUAAGGGUAUCAUGGCGAGGGUGCACGAGACGUUUGUGAUUCUCGUGCUCCUGGGCGUGACCGUGUUGGGCAUGACGUACGUCAUCGCUUCCUUCUUCGAGGACCAACAUUCCACCAUCAUGGUUAUGUUCAAUUUAGGAAGCUACUACCUGCCAUUCCUGUAUUCGUGUAUAUCAUUCAUCGGAGCACUGAUCCUGCUGUUGUGCACGCCGCUGGGCUUCGAGCGGCUGUUUGCCGUGGUGGGGAACCUCCUGGUGAAACCGCAGUUCCUGCGUGACCUGGAGGUGGAGUUCUACGUGGCACUGCUGGAGGAGCACACGCUGGAGCAACGACUGGCUCGGACGCGCGCCUCGGGCGGCCGCGGGUACUUGUGCCCCGCACCCAUGUCGCCGGCGGGUGCGCUCGCCGAGGAGCCGCCCUACGUCGGGCUGCAGAACGGCGAGCUGCAGGCGGGAAUCGAGACGCGGCUGGAGGACGUCCGGCGCCAUCGCAAGUACCUGG